UGUGUUCAGGGUGGAUAGCCACAUCCCUGGUGUAGAUACAGUAGGGGGCUUCUCCAUGUGGUCGUCACCGGGUCUGCUACAUAGGGACGGGAUGCUGCAACUGGCAGUCAAACGCAGCCCUCAUCCACCUGCACACUGGGUGCAUACAAAGUGCAAGGUGGGGGCUCAAGUGGACCUGCGUGUGGGUGGCGACUACUUCUAUGACCCUCAGCCAGGCGAGGAGCCUCCCACAAACCUGCUGCUUGUGGCGGGUGGGGUCGGGAUCAACCCCCUCAUGAGUAUGCUGAGCCACGUUCAUGAUCUGCAGCAGACGGCGACGACACGCAGCAUGUGCCCAAACAAGGUCAUCCUCAUGUUCAGUGCCAAAACCAAGGAGGAACUUUUGUUCAGGAAAAGAAUUGACGAAUUAUGCAAUAUGAAGUCAAACAACAUGUCAUCAAUGUAUUUCAUCACAGGAGACAGCUGGGAAAGGAGACAACUUUGUUUGUUAGUUCACUUUGUCUGUUAA